GGAAAUUAGAGCGGAUCAUUGACGUCAAUUUCGUGAGAGCAAAGUAAACACGAUGCGAGUACUGCCUAUAAAUAAAGGAAACAAUAGUAGAAUUUUUUUUUUUCGAAAAUCUCUACUAAAUGAGACAUUGCAAUGUGGAAAAAGACGCGAAAUCAGACGGGCAAAUAAGUGGAACGGUAUUUUAUUUUUUACUGAUGUUCCUCGACAGUUAAUGUGAAAUACUCCUAAAAUUCUGCGAUGUGUUCUAUGUGUGUGGACCCCGCUACGCCAAAAUGUGAAAGCACAGACAAUACAAAGCUGGACAGACAAAUCGAUUGCAAGGAGCAAGCAUGUGUUAUAGCUAUGGACAAAGAAACGGAUUACGUAUGUAUUUUGGAGAGUAAAAGCAAACAGGGCUCUCAACAAGAAGUCGAAGCUAUAGACGAGCAAUUGCAAGCAACGGUACUGCCGGUGCCACUAGCUUUGCAAAUGGUGACAACUGAUGCAACUGACGGUGCGGCAGAUACAUUGAAAGAGACUGACAAUCCCGCAGCUGUUGGUGACAAUGGUAAUGCAGAAGCAGAGGAUAAUGUACUAGUUGAGGAGCAGCAUGUAGCUGCCGAGUCAAUCGAAGCUCAACAAGAAAAUAGUGAUGCUAAUGACAAAUCCUCAGAAAAAGUGAAAGAACAGCAGCCAGUUGAAACUGAGCACAAUGAAGAUCAAGAGGUGGCGGCUGGUGUCGAGGAAAAAACGCAUAAAGAAGGGAACGCAGAAGCGGCGCAAGUAAGUAACGCUGAAGAUAUAGCUGACGUGCAACCAGUGCAGCAAGAAACAGCAGCAGAGCCGGCAAAUGAACGACCAUCGCCGGAUUAUCCUGCUGAUGCACCAGCCAUUAAUGAGGGCGAAGCAAAUGAAGAAGUUCAGAGCCCCACCGUGGCUGCUGAAAAACCGGAAGCCACAGAGCAAACAGUAUCGCAGAAUACGAAUGACAUUAAUGACGCUGAUGUUGGUGGUGAUGUGAACAAGGACUCAAAUAAAGGCGAGGGUUCGGUAAACAAUUAUGACGAACAAAAUGCCAUGAAUAGUGGUGUAACUACUGUGGUAGAACACAGUGACGAUUCGGCGUCGAAUGUGGGUGAGCCCGAAAAACACGCGGUCGAUAAUGUUGAACCACUGGGCAUUGAAUCCAGCGAUGUAGUAAAUGCUCCACCAACUGUCAUAGUGGACAACACUUUGCCGCCAGUGAACGCGGGUGAACUCUUGAGCUGCUACUCCUGCAGCAGCACCACGGAUGCAAAGUGUGCGCCGGGUCCUGGUAGAGCGAUGAACUGCCAACCUAUCGAAAAUAAACAGAAUGGCUGCUACACGCUGUACAAGGCUGACACAAAUGUCACCACGCGCGGCUGCAUUUCAGAACUCACCAAGGAAGGCCUUAAAUACUGCAAGGUCAACUCAAAACAAUGCAUUUUGUGCUAUGAGAAGGCUUGCAACAACCUUUUGGCGCCUUCGGCUGCUAUUCAAAUCAAUUCACAGUUAAGCCUUUGGCUGGGGCUGGCAAGUUUUAUGCUGGCUACAUUAAUGCUUUAAAUUAAAUGAUGAGAAAAAUAUGUGUGCUUGCAAGAUUUUAGUGAAUUAAGCUCUCUGUAUAUAAGUUUUAAUUACUUUUUACGCAAACUGUGCAUAU